UUGGACUGCCGAUAGUGAUUUGCGGUGUGUAAACUGACGUGGACCUGCACCGGACGGCGCUUGGGGAAAAAUACGCCGGUUUCCCUGAAGAUAGAUUUUCUGUCGUUUACUUUUCCGUGAAUCAAUUUUUUUCUCACUUUAACUUUACAAUGGACGCGUGGGACGACUUCAAGCGCAUGAACAAGCGCCAGAUGCUGUAUCAGGCAUUGAGCUUUGGUAUGAUAGUAUCCUCUGCUCUUAUGAUAUGGAAGGGAUUAAUGGUGGUAACAGGCAGUGAAAGCCCGAUAGUAGUAGUACUCAGUGGUAGCAUGGAACCUGCAUUCCAAAGAGGAGACCUACUUUUCCUCACAAACAAUCAAGAAGAUCCUAUAAGAGCCGGUGAUAUUGUGGUGUUCAAAGUGGAAGGCAGAGAGAUUCCUAUAGUGCACAGAGUUUUAAAACUUCAUGAGAAGUCCAAUGGUACUGUCAAAUUCCUUACAAAGGGAGACAACAACAAUGUGGACGAUCGAGGGCUUUAUGCCCCAGGCCAGCUCUGGUUGCAGAAAAAUCAUGUUGUAGGAAGAGCUCGAGGGUUUCUGCCGUAUGUUGGUCUUGUCACAAUAUACAUGAAUGAUUAUCCUCAUUUCAAGUAUGCAGUUCUUGUUGCGUUAGCACUAUAUGUUUUGAUUCACCGGGAAUAAUAUUAUCCUAAAUUAAUUUGUGCAAAUAUGGAAUUUUUUUAAGAAAGAUGUUUUCAUCUUGAUCUCCAUUUUUUUCUGUACGCUGGUACAUAUUAGACCUGUUUUCCUUUUGUUUUUGGUUUUCAAAGAAAGGCUUUGUAAUUGCCUUUAAGGUAUGAGCUAAAAUGACAAAUGUUUUCUUUUUCUUUUGAUAUUGGUUGUGUACAUCACUUUUAUUCUAAACUGCUGUGCACAGUGGGUAAAUUUAACUUUGAGCUACCUCAUGUAAUGAAACUUGCCAAAUAUACUGUGCCUGAAUCCUUUUUUCCUUUCAAAAGAGCUUGUCCUAUUUGCUUAGUAGUAUGCAUUAGGAAAAGAUAUGGCUGUUAUUGGGAAUACAUCAUGUAACAUGGAGUACAUUUCAAAAGAGUUAUUGCAAUGCGGAUCAUUUCUUGUAUCUAACUAAAAGUUUGAAGGAAACUGCUAGCUGUACAAAAUGGACUUUCAGAAUCCUAUCUAAUUAUCACAUCUAAUUUUCCAAAUGUUCAAUAUUUGAAUAGUCAUAUGGCCUUUGUACAUGGUGUGUAUUACUGAUUUUAUACACGGGAGCAUUUGUUCCAAUGCACAUGUAUCCAUUCCUGAACGAUGCCCUCAUCUUAAGCAUGUGCUCAGCCCUUGCACUGUUAUAAAAUUCAACUGCCUUUUCUUUAGUCUACAGAGCACUAUUAGUUUUCAGUUUUCAUAUCUCAUAACGCAUAGUUUAUGAUAGUCAAUUUUAUGUCUCAGCACUAGUGAAAUAACUUGUUUUUUGUUUUGUUUUUUUUUUCUCAUUAUUCACCUGCACAUUACCCUUUCUAGAAUUAUUUUGAGGCAGUAGAUGUACAGUGCCCUAUCCCAUAGAGGGACAGACAGUUGUAGUACUAUCCUACUUGCAGCAGAACCCAACUGUCACCAAAGCAAGAGGAAAUGUAAUCUUGUAUUGGUGGUGUAAAUUGACGCUGUAAAUUGCUAACUGUUCUGAUAUGUUGGGAGUACUAGCAGGUUACAUAAACCUCCAAGUUUUGACAACUGUGAUACUAUGGACUUAAAAAUAAGGAAAUCUGUAAAGAAAUCAAAUAGUUUAGCUCUAAGUUGCAGCCAGUCACUUAACUACAAUCAAGUAAUGUGUAUAAUGUGGUUUUGAAUGCACUUGAAUGGAGUGCAUUCCUGUAUGACUAUGUCCACUGAAAGCUGUUUUACUUUUGUUUUGAAUACCAAGUGGACUCGUGAAAAGAAAGCUAGAUUGGUCUAACUCUAAAAACCUUUGUAGCUGACUUUCUCUGGUGAGCUACAUUUGAAGUGGAGAAAAAUGUGGAGCAAAGACAUUGUGUGGUGAAUUAAAAUAAUAAUAUUAAACAACAAGGAUUGAGUAUUAAUAUCUUCAUAAAACAGGCCAUCCACCAUGCCCUUCCUGAAUACUUAUUUCUUAAAAUCAGGAUUUGUUUCCCUCUUUUAAAAUUUUAUCUGAUACACAUGGACUAAAGACUAGGUGACAAUUUCUGGUCAUGACCUUUCCAAGGAAUGUAUUUCCAGUACUUUCAUGAUUGCUGUAGCAUUGUAUAUGGAGAUGUCUUCCAAAUCAUUCUCUAUAGUAUUGUCAUAAUGUCUUGUAUAAAAGAAUCUCAAAAAAACAUUUGUCUUAUUCCUGUGUUAUUGGAUGUUGUAAUCUACAAGAUGUAAUUUAAGUUGCAGCUAUGCUGUACACUAUUAAAGUGCUCACAUUGAGUAUAAUGUAAAUGCAGUGUCACACUGACCACCUCUAUUCACCAAUUAAACAAAAUCUUCCUGGUAUUUUAA